UACAUAUCUUUUAAAUUCGCAAAUUUUCUCUCAAUCCAAACGCAUAAGAGAGAAUUUUGCCAGUUUUUAUCUAUAUCUUUAAUUCAAAACAAAGCGCCGCGUCACUUUCUCCCGGUCUUUUUUCUUUCUUUCUCUAGAAAAAACUGUCUAUAGAAUUUCCAGAGAAACAAACAAAACUUUGCCUUCGAUUUGCAGUGGUGCAGAACGUUGAAUCGAUAAGCUUCUCUCCAACAAAUAAACAGAUAAAAGUUUUUGAGUUUAUCCACUACCUCGUUUUUAGCAAACAGAAAGAAAAAAAAAAAAACUAGAUUAGAUUAUAACUUUUUCUAAAAAAAAGAUUUUACCUUUUUUGAAAAAUCUUAAUUCAAGAAACAAUGAUGAGAAGUCAAGAAGAUCAUCAAUCAAGGGUAUUUUACGAGCUAUCAGCUUUGGUUCUUAAUUUGUUACGUUCACCUCCGUCGUCGCCGUCGUCGUCGUCGGCUCACUUUUCCGAUCAAUCUCCGUCAGAGAGUCAGAGGAGGAGGAGGCCAUCGUUAUCGCAGAUCUCGCCGGCGGGAUUUGCGUCGUUGAUGUUAGGGAUAUCGCUGGCUUUGAUGUUGUGUGGAUCGGUAACGUUUUUCAUAGGAUUUAUAUUGAUGCCAUGGGUUCUUGGAUUGGUUAUGGUGUUUUAUGUGGCUGGGGUCGUAUCUACUAUAUCUAUGUUAGGUCGUUCCUUUCUUUGCCACGCUAUGACUCCUCCUUCUCCAAGAAAGGAGAUUCCUUUUGUCAACUCAUAAUUAAUGCUGGUGUGAUGCUGAUUACACUUUCAUUAGCAUGGAAACUUUUGUGAAGAUAAGAUGUUCCAAAAGUUAACAGGAGGAUUGAGCAGCACUCGAGUUCUAAUGAGUGGCGCUGCUGCUAGAGAUAUACGGAGAAUCUGAAAAUUACCAAGCUUUUUAAAGUAUUGAUGCAGGACAUGUGGAUAACUGUUUUUCCUGGUGACUGAAAUUUGUGGAUAUGGCUUCUUUAUUAAGUAAAAAAAUGGUGAAUUAUUGAAGGUUUAAGACCUAAUAUUGUACUGAAUUCCUACUAGUGAGAAGAAAUGGGAGGAUGAUUCCCAAUUUCUCUUUAAUAUUCAAAUUCUAUUUUAGAAAGCUCUGUGUCUACGUUUAUCAAGCAUCAGAAAUCAGCCAUUAUGGUAUUGCCAUAUUUUAUCUUCUAGCUUCUCAUUUUCUUUUUUGGGUGUCUGUAUUUGAUUGUCACUUUGAAGAAGAAAUUUGGAAACCUGAAGAGUCAUUAGAUAUCAAGUAUGUGCAUGAAUGCAGAAUGGGCAACCUGGCCUGUCCCUAGGAAAUUUUUUGUUCGACAUGCAGCUUUUUCAUACUUUGAUUGAAUCGAAUUCUUAUGAUGUAAAAAGUCAGUAACUUUAGCUUCAUAAAUAUACAGUUUCUUCUUUAGUUA